UCCUAUCCCACCACUGCCGGCCCUAGCUUCCUCACCCCUCAUCCCGCCGCCGUCCCCUCUCCCAUCCCUUUCACCCCACCCCCACCAUCCACCCACCCAUCCCUCCCUCCCCACCGCGCUGCCUUCCCCUCUCUCAUCCCUCCUACCCCACCCCCAUCGUCGUCCCUCUCCCAUUCCCUCUCCACCACCCACCUCACCUCACCCCCCAACCCACCCCCUCUCUCUUUCUCUAUCCUGCAGCGGGAGGAGCCGAUGGACAAGCGAUAUAUGUUCCGACCCUCUCGCCUCAAUGAUAUUGUUUUUUUCGCAUUGGUAUUGAUUUUGUUGCAUUGGUAUAUUUUUGUUAUAUUGGUAUUGAUUAUCAUGUAAUGGUGUUAAUUUGCAUGUAUUGGUAUUGAUUAAAUCUGUAAUGAUAUUGGUUUUUUGUGAAUGGUAUAGAUUUAUAUUGGUAGAUUGUUUAUAUUGGUAGUUUUCGUGUAAUGGACUAAUGGUACAGAUUUAUUUCUGCAAUGGUAUUGAUGUUUUCAAAGUGGUAGUGGUUGUCUACUAAAUUGGUAGUGAUUUCGUAUUUUUUUUUCUUUUGCAGAAAGAUAGAGAAAAGAGAUCUAGCUUGAAAUUAUGGAAGUGAGAGAAAGAGAGAGAAUUGUAAUUAAUAGAUUUUUGUAACUACUUAAAAUGUAAUUUAUUAAAAAAAUUAAUUAAUGCAAUUUAUUUUUCAUACCGAAUUUACCCUUAGUAACCAUGGUGAUUACUACUUUGUAGUAAUCACCGUAACCUGUCCCGGUAGGGGUAAGGCGAAGAACCGCAAUAAAUGAAGGCGUAAGUCCAUCAAACCCCGAAGGGUCCCUGAUUCGCCCAAGGCAUCUAGACCUGGACCUGAACAACCGGUCGUCGAUCCCAUGGAUGCCGACAGUGGCGGAUCCAAAAAAAUUUUAUAGGGGUAUCCUCUUCCAAAUAUUUAAUUAAAUUAAAAAUAAAUAAUUAUUAAAAUAAAUAAUUCAUAAAUCAGAAAAUAUCCGACUAGAAUAAAUUUUAACAAAAGGCCACAGCGUGUUUUCAUGUUCUGAUAAAGAAUUAUAGAAUAGACUCGACACUGCUCAACAAAUCUGUAUAUCCUACUAGAUAAUAAUUCAAGAACUGAUCUCAUAUUCGAUUUCUAACAUUGUUUUUAAUGUGACUCAAAGUUGAAAAACUAUUUUUUAACUCUUUCCAUGUAACCAUAAAAUUCAUUCAAAUUAAGGAUAACCCGUAAUGAGUUUAUUUGCUAGGUUUGAAAAUAGUUGGGGAUAAAAAAAAUAUUUUUACUAUUUCAUAGUGUUUAAAAUAGAACAAAAAAUUCGUUGUAACCUGGAGAAUUGUUUAAUAAUAGAAGUGUCCUUGUUUGAAUAACACAAAAGUACUACUUAUAUCUUUUUAAUCAUACACAAACUACUAUCGAAAGUAGGAUAAUUAUUUUUUCAAAAUUUAAGAGUUUCCAGAAUUGUCAAUUAUAUUUUUUUUAUCCAUAGGAAACAACCAUGUAUCCGCCACUCCACUGGAUGCCGAUACUUGCGACAGGCUCACACUAAGCGGAACGGGGUGAAGUCCCUUAAAUCCGAAAGACCGACGCCGAUGUUUCCCAAAUCGGAGGAGAAGGCCCUCGAUGCAGAUAUAUCCGUCCCUGAUCCAGAGAUGUCUUCCAAUUCCAAACCGGAUGAAUUGGAGGAGGAGGCCAUUGAUCGAGAGAUGUUCCCUGAAUCGAAAGAGGAGAAAUCCGAGGAGGAGGAGGAGGCCCUUGUAUUAGAGUCGUCGGAGGAGGAAUCCGAGGAGGAGGAGGCCCUUGAAUCGUCGGUGUCCCUUGAAUCUCCGGAGGAGGAGGAGGAGGUAUCAUCGUCGGAGGACGAAUUGUUCCCGGGUGAGGUGGGCCUGAAACCAGAGGUGUGUUUUGAUCCGCCGGGGACUGAAGAUGAUUUUCCAGCGAACGAGUACGGGGAUAUAUUCUGUAAAUGCUGCCAAAAGCUUCAAAAGCGCAAAUUCAAACCCAAGGAUGACGAUAGCGAAUAUGUAGGCCUUGACGAGGAUUUUAAUGGCGACGAAGAACUCAAGCUGCGCGUCAUCCAUCACAGGAGGAAGAAGUGGGUCACCGGAAAUUUUUAUGCUCAUUGCCAACCAAACUACUCUUGCUGCGGUGGUGUUUUCCACCGAGAUCAUUACUGGCAUCUUGGGAAUCUGGACGAGCUUAUUCUGGCUUCGGUUAAAUUCGUCAUCUGGAAAUAUCAUAUAGUAGAGGGCAAGAGCUUGAUUUUAGGAGAAAUUCUGAACACGACUAUGGAGCAAUAUGCUUGCUGGUGGUUCUAUGUGACUUUUACUGGCUCCGAACACCCUGGUGAAGUCCAGGUUUAUCAGACCGCGGUGGCCUAUUACCCCUUCUCAAUGGGAGGUCAUAAAGUUGCUGUCUUCCGGAGGAAAAUAAUUGGCAAAGAUGAUUAUGAGGAUUUGUUACCGCCGAAAAUUUACUUUGUGGAGGACGCCCUAAAGGUAAAGAAAGAGCUGAUGUCCACUUUGGACGAGGAAGACAGAGAAGUUUUUCAGCUUGGGGAAAAGGAGGUGAGUUGAUUGAUGUCUCAUUGAAAGGGAGAAAGAGUUCGAACCUGCUGGCUGCUCUCUUUGAAUUAGACGGAGAACUAUGUAUUGUACUCUCGUUAUUUUUCAAGUAGAUCCAGGUAGUGGUGGGCCCAGAAAUUUUUCAUAGGGGUGUCCUCUUUUUAUAAAUAAAUUAAAUAAAAAUAAUUAAUAAAAAUAAAAUUGUAAAUAUGAAAAUACCUUACUCGUACAGGUUAAAAAAGCCCAUGAUGUGUUUUCAUAUUCGAAAAUAUUUGUAGAAUACACUUGGUGUUUAUAGUGUUAAAAAAAUAGUCUCUUUAUACACUACUAGACAAUCAUUCACGAACUUAUCGCAUAUUCGAUUUGUAAACUUGUUCUUGAUAUAACCCAAAGCUGAAAGACUCUUUCAACACUUGCCGUACAAUCAUAAAACCAAUACAAAUUAAGGGUAGUUUGAAAUUAGUUUAAUUGUUAGGUUUUCAAAAUAAUUAGAGAUAGAGAAUGUCAUUUUACUAUUACACAUUGUUCAAAAUCGAACAACAAAUGAGUUUAGCUUAACGGAAAUUAAGUUUAUUAAUAAUAAAGUAUUCUAGAUUUGAAUUAUCCAACCUACCACUCAUAUUCCUAUACACAAAUGACAGUAGGAUAAUCAUUUUUUCAAAUUUAAUGGGUGUCCCUCACUAUCAAUUAUAUUUUUUUUCCGUACAUAAAUUACCAUCGGGGGUUGAAUAAUCGUUUUCUAAAAAUUUAGGGGUGGCCAGGGACACCCCUAAAACCCCCUGGGUCCGCCCAUGGAUCCAGGAGUAGUUGUAGUUUAAGUGUUCGUUUGGAACCUUUCGUGGGGAACACAUAGUUUUUUUUUUAUAUAGUAUUUUUAUUGAGUGGAGGCCUUGCGCCAAAAGGAAACCUAAUACAGCACUGGAAAGACACUUAACAUGACCGAGUGCCUUGGCUCAAGAUAGGGUGCAUAACCAUGGGUUAUGCACCCAUCAAUAACCAAAUCUGGACACUUUAUUUAGAAAAUUCAGACUUAAGGAAUGAGAAUUAAAGACCAUUUUUAUUUUUUCUAGCUUUCUUAAUUGACUCAUAUCUUUUUCGUUUUAACUCGGAUUUUAAUUUGUUUUGCACAGAUGGAACGAGUUCAUCGUGCUCUACAAAAUGAGAUUAAUUUUCAAUAUUUUUUGAGAAAAAAAAAAUUCUGGCCUCUCGGUACCAAUUGCAUUCCAUAUGGUAUCUUCUUCGUUUUUAAUUCGUUUUUGAAAAAGUUUGCACAGAAGGGACGAGUUCAUCAUGAUCUAUUGGAUCUGCAAAUUUCUGGGUGAACAAAUUACAGGACUAAAAAAUACCACACAAUACCAUACAAUACCACCCUGGUACGGGGUGGUAUUGUAUGGUAUCUUCUUCGUUUUUAAUUCGUUUUUGAAAACGUUUGCACAGAAGGGACGAGUUCAUCAUGAUCUAUUGGAUCUACAAAUUUCUGGGUGAACAAAUUAUAGGACCAAAAAAUACCACACAAUACCAUACAAUACCACCCUGGUACGGGGUGGUAUUGUGUGGUAUACAAUGUUAAAAGUCGUAAAUGACAAUUAAUAUACUUCUACUAUCAUGUAUUCAACCAUUCAACAGUCUUGGUUUGUUCAUACAACCAUGGUACGUUUUUCAAACCAUAGGUAUGUUUUUAUUUCAAUACCAGUCAAUACCAUAUGGUAUAGACUAGUAAAAAAUGACUCAAUUUUUUUUGUUCGAAAAAUAUAUUAAAGUGGAUAUCAUUUUGAAGAGCACAAUUAAUCUGAUCUAACUGUGCAAAAAAAAUUAAAUUUCGACUUAAAAUGAGUGAGAAAUAGUCCGUCAAAGAUUAAAGAGGGGAAAAUUAAAGGCUUUCCAGGAGAGAGAGGAUGCUGAUGUCAUGCUGAUGUGGACGGGUUACUCAUGGUUACUCACCAUAAGGUUACUGACCUGAUCCAUUCCCCGCAUUCCCCAACAAUCAGAGGGAAAUCCCCAACAGAACAAAACCACAGAAAACAUAUCAAAAUCCAAACUUCAGAUGGAAGCUAACAGGACCCUGCGCUGGAAGCUAACUCUGAUAAAAUCUUCUCCAAGGAUCCUUCCCACAUCAACUGGUAGGUCUAAUAGUCCAUAUGUGAUAGAGGGAUAGUCAGUCCACGACUCUUUUUCCACGUGAUAAGUAUGAAUUAUUUGAACUAUUUAAUUUGGAGCAAUCAUCUUGUGAAUAGCGUUUAAUACAGUAGCAUGGGGAUGAAGAGAAUCAUUGUGGUUCUUAAUCAACUAAAUUGUCGUUUGGAAUCUGUCUCUAGCAGUAGAAUUUUGGUUCCUUUUCCCAAGCAUAAAAGAGUCCUUGGUGCAUUCCCCAAAGUUGCGCUAGAAUAGUUUAUGUGAUUCUCGAGCAGCACAAAAAUCCACGGCCAGGGCAUCAAAAUCCACGACCGUGGAAUUGAUGUUUGGAUCGUGGAUUUGAAGCAGGAACAACCCACAGUUAGGAGGCCAAAAUCCACGACCGUGAUUUCAAGGGGGGAGACCGUGGAAUUUGGUAUGACGGGAUAAAAUUACCUUUUUGUUGGGGGUGUUACUAAACCCACCUAGUAGAGAGUAAUUAGUAGCGCACUUACAUGGUGGUGCACAAGUAUGGUGAGCUCAACCUUCACACAAAUUGAGACUAAGCAGUAGCACACCAGCAUUGUGGUGCACUAGCAUCCUUGCUAGCGGUGACGCCCAAGCAAAAAAGAGCCUAAAUAGUAGUGCACCAGCAUCGUGGUGCACUUGCAUUGUGGUGCACUAGCAUCCGCACUAGCGGUGACGCCCAAGCUAAAAUGAAACUAAGUAGUAGCG